AUGUCUUCGCGAAAGCAGACACCUCCUAGUUUUCCAUGGACGGAGGGAGAGAAAUACAGCAGCAGCAACAACUUCAAAUUCAAAGAAAUAUUCUACUUCUUCUUCACCCUAAACACUAUUCCCUACGUCCUCGUCAGAUGCUGUGCUCUCCUUUUCCUCUUUCUAUCCGCUUCUUGGCUUCUCCUUCUCCUCUUUUGCUUCCCGCCCACAACAACCACCACUUCUUCAAACGACGUCGUCAGAGAACAAGCUCAAGUUGCUGAACCACAAUCGCCAUUCAAAAUCCCCACGUGCCACAAAAACAUGUCAGUCUAUGUAUACACUUUGCCGCCCCAGUUCAACCUCGGACUCCUUAGCCAAUGCAACAACCUAAGCAUAAAGGCCAACAUGUGUCCCGCCGUUGCCAAUUCCGGCCUCGGCCAGCCACUUAAUUUUUCCCGCAAAGGGCACUCCGCUGUCACUAGUAGCUGGUACACCACCCACCAGUACACGGCGGAGAUCAUAUUCCACGCGCGACUACAGAACCACCCGUGUCGCGUGCAGGAUCCCACACGCGCCUCCCUCUUCUACGUCCCCUUCUACGGCGGCUUCGACGCUCUAAGCAAGUACCGUGAAGCCAAUCUCACGGCCCGUGACGAGCUGACGUUUAGCUUGGUUGACUACAUACAGGCUCAGCCUUGGUGGCAGAGGAACCAUGGUAAGGACCACUUUAUGGCCCUGGGGACGGUCGUAUGGGAUUUCAUGCGAACCAUGAGCAACGCCAGUGCCUCCUGCUCCUCCUCCUCCAAAGUUCGUACGCCCGGUACCCUCCUAAAGCUACCCGCCGCAGAAAACAUGUCGGUGCUCAUCAUAGAGAGACAUCCUUGGCAACCAAACCAACACGGCAUCCCCUACCCUUCCUAUUUCCAUCCGUCCACGUGGCGGGAGAUGGCGGCGUGGCAGAGGAAGAUGAGGCUGAUGGAGAGGCCCCAUCUGUUCUCUUUCGUCGGUGCACGCAGAAAGAACAAGGCGGCCAUCAGGAACGAGUUCAUAAGGCAAUGCGGUGAGUCAAUUCGGUGCAAGCUCUUGAACUGCGAGGGGCCCGACGGGACAAGAAGGUGUUUGCAGCCGAGGGAGAUCAUGAGGGUGAUGACGCGUUCUCAGUUCUGCUUGCAAGCGCCCGGCGACACACCGACCAGGCGGUCAACGUUUGACUCGGUGCUUGCUGGUUGCGUUCCUGUUUUCUUCUCACGUCACACGGCUUACAGUCAGUAUGCAUGGUAUUUGCCUGGAGACGCAAGCAGGUACUCGGUUUACAUAGACGAUAAGAGCAAUGCGAGUAGAAGAAUAGAAGAGGAGUUGUUGAAGAUUUCGAGCGAGAAGGUGAAGAUGAUGCGUGAAGAAAUUAUAGAUUUGAUGCCAAGUCUCACUUAUGCGCAUCCUAAUGCCACUGAUUUUGGGUUUGGGGAUGCUGUGGAUGUUGCACUUGCAUCAUUGGCCAAGCACAUUGGUGAAUUAAUUAUUUAA